AUGGACACUGCCAUGAACAUCGAGGACUUAUUACAAAACUUUCCUGAACUCAGCAGGGGCAGCGUCGAGAAUGCUGUGGCCGAGUCUCUUCACGAGAUGUUCAACAAAACUUGCGAAAAUGCGCACAACAUCCGCGAGGAGCACAGGAAACUUCAAGCUGAAGUAUCCAGUCAAGAAUACAAACCGCUGCGCGCCAAAGGGGCCUCUAUCCCGGAAUAUGUUCCGAUGCAGCUGGUUAAGGACAAUAUCCAUGCAAACGGCUUAGAUGCUGACAGAUGGCGCUCUACCAUCCAAGCAUAUACGACUACAAAAUUGGAGGCUUACGUCUCUUCGAUAUCUGAUCCUGCGACCGCGAAACCGGUCGCCGAUGCACUUGAACAUUUCAAAGCGUGUUUGUCCUUAAGUGCAUCGGCACUGUCAGGCGAUGGAGUGGUCUUGAUCUCGGAGCAGCACGUUCUGGCUUUGGCUCAGCUGGCGUCUACCAUCAAAGACGAUGUGUCUGUGCAAGGAGUCGUCAUUAUUCCCAUCCUUGUUUUCUUGCUAGUAGUCGUGGGAUCGUCGUUAUACAUGGCACUAGUCCUCAUAUCGGCUCGAAACGGCCAUUCACUCCGUAUAACCCUCCAAUCUGACUAUGCGGCUUUCCACGCAGCUGUGCAAAAGUUGAUGGAGAAGAUUGCGAAGGCAAGAGCACAGCAAGAGGUGUUUGAUAAAGCCAAUCUCGAACUCCUACAGAAACAACGACGAAAUCAGGACGAACGAUAUCGGAAGAAGGACAAGAUACGUGAGGACGAAGUGCAGAAGGCCAAACGAAAAGAUUAUUACUUUGGCUCCGUUGUCGCUAUUGUCCCUUUGGAAAGAGGGUCCGGAGAACCUCAUGGCUACGCAAUCCGUAUCGAAGCUAUCAAGGAAACCCUACUCAGCGACGAUACGCUGCUCCAAAGGAUCAAGGAAAUCACAGUUGCUGAUAACAUCACUCCUACGGUUGGCGCGAGCAUCUAUUGCCUCGAGAUCUACUGCCAUAGCGUGCCUUCGGAUGUCAAGGCCGGUGUUUGGGUCAAUUUCGAACUGAAUAUGAAAUCGGCUACCCCCGCGACAUAUGCACCGGUGCUCCCAGCUGAGGGCAACUUCGACGACGGUCUUUGCUGGAUAGAAGAGACAUCACCAUAUGCCUCAUUCGCAGGAGGCUCUCUGGGUAAUUUCGGAAAGACUGACCACGGCUUCAAAGCGACCGUGGACAUGGGGAAGAUCAAGCGUGACAUCCCUCAAACAGCUUUGGACAAGCUACGACUUCUAUUUGAGCGGACUCAUGUUAUCCGUCAAAAUAUCACUAAUUUCUUCCGCUUUUCCGACGUCAUUGAAAAGACGUCAAUAUCACUUGAUCAGUACAAAACUGCAGAUCAUUACAUUAUUGCAAAUGUGGGGCAAGGAGCGACAGGGUUGUUGUGCUCAAGCAAAGAGGGAUGGAAGAUCGUCUCUGACUUUGGCUUUGGCAAAGGAGACCGUGAUUUCUCGGACAUGAUCGAUGUCCUUAUUUCUGAAACCGAGGGCAUGCCCAUGAUGUUAUCACAUUGGGAUCGCGACCAUUACCGGAUUGCGGACUCCAAAAAAGCCAAACUCCUUCGCGACACCAACCUGUGUCUUACAUUGCGCCACUGGAUCGUACCUGAUCAACCAUUAACCCCCAAAGCUUUUGAUUUGGCUUGCUCCAUACAGGCUCAAGGGCACCUAGAGGCCUGCAUUAUGGAUGAAUAUGGUCCACCUGGAGGGAACUGGAAAAUACUGAGAUGUCAGUCACCGGAUAUGAACGACAAGAAUAACCACGGUGCGCUGGCUUUGAUAAUUGGUCUGAAUGAUGGUGACCAUUCAUUGCUAUACCCUGGGGACGCAAACUAUGAGUACAUUCAUAACAUCAGCCAGUACGAUGGCACGCUUUUCUUUGUCAUUGCUACUCAUCAUGGCAGCGAGCUAUCAUUGAAGGUCAGCCGUAGGGAUAUUGGUGACUCUAUCCCUCGGUCCGUCGCAAGUGCGGCGAGUUCAACUGUGUUUUUUUCUUUCGGAAAAGGGAACUCGUAUGGCCACUCCGUCGAGAAGGUUGUAAAACUGUAUAGGGAUCACGGAUACAAGAAAGUUGAAGCAACAGCUGAUUUAGCACAGGACAAGGACCUUUUGGUGGCCUACAUUGAUCCCUAUGCAACUUCACAGCUCCCCAAUCCGCGCCCCAUACCUGGCGUGCCUAAGGAUGUGGCCGUCUAUCACGACAUGGAAUCUUAUUUCGCUUUCAUGAAGGAACGUCUCAAAUCUUCUGGGAUUGCCCACCGAGUCCGUAGGGAAAGCUCCGCUCCACCUGUUGUAGCUGAUGCAAUUACUCUCGACGGCGCCAAUAAGGAUACUCUGGAACCGUUUGCGAUCAGAGACAAGUUCGAGCAAAUAGUCAAAUAUCACGUUCUCGCGCGCAAAUUGAUUAUACGCAAUUGUCCCCUUCUUGUCAAAUGCGAAAGCGAUGUCCCGAUACGUGUUCUUCUUCAAUGCGAAGACAUCGAGUUAUAUGCCACAGCACCAUCAAGUACGCCAACAGGACUCCCUGUGAUCCUCUUCGAUGUGAAAUCAGGUGAUCCAUGGCGCGGAUAUGCAGAUGUGGGGGAAGAGGGCAUGCAGGGGAAUGGAGGAUACAUGGGCGGUUUCAUGGAUUUACGUGUCAUUGGAAAUUGGUUUGUUCAAAUCGCUGGCAAGAACGUCUACAAAAGCGGCGAGAUUGAGCAACAUGGGCUCCGACUUGAAAUCCAAUAUCGGGGUGGGCGUGGUGGAAAUGGAGGGCAGGGCGGUCAUGGGAAUGCUGGUGUGGAUGGGAGCCAAGGCACUAACGACAAGUGUGUCAUCGAGCCGCGUCAAAUCCCCGGCCCUUUUGGUGGCACAAUUUGGGUCCAGUAUGUUGUUGAAGGUGUGCGUGCCACUGCAGGAGGCAGGGGCGGUGAUGGUGGUAGAGGUGGUCGAGGCGGGCGACCCUCGGCAUUCCCUAUCUCCCAAGUGAUAGCGACCAAGACUAAGGUCCCGGAGUGGCAACAAGAGGGAUUCACCGGCCCUUGUUUAUCGGUUUCUUUGGUUUUGUUGACCGACGAAGGAAUGCCCUUUGGAGCAUCAGGCCAGGCUGGCCCUGGAGGCCAUGGAGGGCUAGGGGGUCAUGGGGGGAUUCAAGGUCAAAGAUUCCGAUUUAUUAGUGGAAGGUUCGAAGAGCUCACAGAGGAGAGCUUCAAAUCAGCACCGGACGGGCCAGUUGGGAACCUUGGCUACCCAGGAGAUUUUGGAGGCAACCCUCCAAAUUAUGGGAUAUUAAAGCCCAAUGUAAUCAUAUGCACAACUGAAGAAGAGACACACGACCGCUUUAUGGAGGAAGAGCUUGUAUGA